AUCGUUACUUCUAAAAACCCUAUCCCUAUCGGUAUACCUAUCAGCUGCAGUUGAGUGCGACCUGAAUCAUUUUGUUUAUAGUCAGCAGCCGUGGACGAUGGGCAUUCGUCAUUUGGACACAUUCAUCCGUCAGACGGUUCCGGACGGUUGUUUCAAAGUGAAUAUUGAAAAUGAAAUCCGGGAGUACUACAAAGCAGCUACGGAGGGCAAACCCCUUCCAUCCCCCAUCAUCGUCAUUGAUGUGAUGUCUUUGUAUGUGCCCUUGAGUAGGUUGGAUGCAGAAUCACGGCUGUUUGGAGGGCGAUUGUAUUUGGCAUACUUAAUUAUAAAUCAUUUCUUUUCCAAACUGAAAGCCCUCGGAGUGGAGCUGCAGUUUUUCGUCGAUGGCACAGUGCCGAGCUUCAAGCUCAAAACCUGGUGCGAGCGAAGGAAUGCGAAUUAUAAGAAAAUGAUUGACAUUUACGAUGCAGUUGAUAAAGGCACUGAUGUCGAAACGAUCGCGACUGAGAUUGGCUCCUUUGUGAACGAGUAUGCAAUGGAAUAUCUCGCUAAAAAACACGGCACCUUAUCAGUGUCGAUUUUAAAAGAGUGUGAUCAGGAAUUGGCUACCUUUGCACGGAAAAACAAUGCGUUAGCGAUCAUUGCAGACGACUCGGAUUUUUUGAUCUAUGAAGGAAAUUGGCGUUAUUGGUCAUCCAGAGAUAUUGAUAUCGUCACAUUGGAAACGAUGGAAUAUAACCGUCCGGCGUUGGUUGAACACUUGGAAUUGAGCUUUGCGCAGAUGCCAUUGUUUGCGACUCUCAGUGGAAACGAUAUUGUGAAAUUUGAGGAACUUCUACCCUUUCACUCCAGUCUGGGCCAGUACAGUCGCAAGUUCUAUAAUGUGGCAAAAUUUGUACGGCAACAACCAAUUGGCUUACCGUAUCCUAUAGAUCUGCAUCUUGUUCUAAAUCAAGCGUUUGGGGUGCACGACGAGCAAAUGAAAACACGCUUCCAGCAGAGCUUAGGCUUCUACAGAACGAAUGGCAUCACUUCAAAUCCCAUCCCGAGCAAUGACCCAAUCCUUGACAUUCUUUUGAAUCAUCCUUUCAUGUAUCAAAUUUGGUACAAGCAACCUUAUCCGGUAUUGCUCGGAUUUACCGACUUACGUCCGAAAGAUUUGGGACAGCAGCUGCCGGAGCUCAUCCUCCAAAUACUGCUACGCUCAGCUGGAAUCAUCCUGUACCAUCGUUUGAAACGGCGCAGAUACUACGCUUUUCCUUUCGUGUUCAAACUUGAUCACGAAUCCGAUUAUGUGCAACAGAGCUUUCCUGUUCAAUUUCCAACCCACAUCGAAGUACCAACUCUUGUCGACCUGCACUCCGGAGAUCAAACCAACAUUCCGCGCGACCUGGACAUAAAACUAAAGCUUCUCAGCUGGAUCGUAUCGGACAGCUUAGACUAUGAACGAGUGAAAUCGGUAAGAUGGCCGUACGUUGCUACCGUCCUCACGCUUUACCUUCUCAUGGAGAAAGGACUAAUUGAAUUGUUCGAAGCCGAUCUGUUGCUGCAGGUAGCGCACGACGUAGUGUCGACAUCGUACGAUUCGAGGGCAUUGGAAAUUCCAAACAAGGUGGAAAGUCGCCCAUUUCGGUUGGUUUUCUUCUACAAGAAUAUGUAUAGAUUCAUUGCUGAUGCCAUCGGCUGGGUCGGUUUGAAAAUUGGUGGUAGUGAUGUACUAUUCGACGGAGUGCUCUUCCACAGCCGCUAUGCAGAAUGGGCCAAGGAAGGCGGGGGUGAUUUGAAGGAUAUCGAGCAGUGGCGUAUUUAUGCGAAGAUUUGA